CUGUGUUUGUGGUCGAAAAUCCCAGCCUUACUGCAAACUUUGACUUAUGUCAUAUGGGUGAUUCCCAAUCAGUCUAUAACGAUGAGUUGAAAGGAUCGCUGGACAGUGGACUAAGAUAACAUCACCUACAGCGGGAUUUCGAUUUGGAUUCGGCGCAAGCUAAACCUCCACUGUCGGUCUUGGCGCAACGCAAUCCUCAUAAAUUUCAGUCCAGACAAUCUCGUCUCAGGGGAUCAUGCAUCUUGCACAUGCCACAUGCCAUGUCUGCCCCUAUGUCGUCCGGCUAUCGUCACCAUCCCUUGGCUCCUUUGCCACCAUUAAACCAGUCGUGCGAGAGUUGUAGAUCCCUCAAGGUACGCUGUCUGCCGGAUCCCACUGUCCCGAGCCAGUGCCAGCGCUGCACCCGGACACGAAGAAACUGCGUGUUUGCGCACACCCUCAGACGGCAGCCUCGAAAAAAGACAGGCUCGCGAGUCGCGCAGUUGGAAAAAGACCUAAGAGAUUUGCGGUCGCUCUUACAUGGGCAGGUACGACCAGAUUCGGAUUCUGGCGAAAAAGCGUACGAUGCUGGCGUCGUCGCUUCUCCGACAGCUACCGUCCCUAAUAAGCUACCUAGCUUCCCGACAACAUCAACCUCACUACCACCCCCGCCGUGGCGAAUGGAGUCUUCUGGCUCCCAUACGGCGUCUACUGUGGGCGAUUCAAGUCAGGCCAUUAGAAGUUUCAAUGCCAGCCCAGCUCCCACCAAUGUUAACCUGGCCAUGGGGCCCUCCUCGGCUGGGUCGGGCGAUGUGGUUGAUCGCGCCCUUAUAUCAGCUGAUACGGCACAGAGGCUGCUGUCAGUUUUCAUCAACGACCUAACUCAAUUCUACCCCGUGGUUGUACUCGACCAGAACACAGAUAUGGAAACACUACGCAGAACCAGUCCAGUGCUCUUUCUUUCGAUACUAUCUGCGGCGUCCCUUACUUUAGACACGCCAGAUGCAGCUGUGCUGAACGAGGAGCUGCUCAAGCUGUAUGCGGAGCGAUUCUUCUUAAGACAGGAGAAGUCCAUGGAGCUGAUCCAGUCCAUCCUCUUGAUGCUCAUCUUCUACUUUCCUCCGAAAUCACGCGUACAGGGACAGUACUACCAGUAUGCACACAUUGCAACCACGAUGGCCCUGGAGCUCGGAAUCGCGGCCGGAAAAGCAGGGCAAAGGAAUCACCGAUGCCAUGGCGAAGAAGGAGACCUGCCUGUCUCCACCCAUAGUGCGCAGGCACGGGCCGUACUAGGCUGUUAUCAUUUUUCGUCCAACAUAGGCAUGCGAACACAUCGACCGAAUAUGCUCUGCUUCAACAGUGUAAUAGAAGAGUAUACGAAUCUUCUCAAAAAGUCCUCCAACAUCUUGGAUCAACAAUUAGCGACAUGGUUUGAACUGCAACGGAUCAUCGACGAUACACUGUCAUCGCUAGGCCAUGACAGCACUCUAUCAGACACCUCCCUCCUAGAAUCGCAGAUGAUGCCAAUCCUGAAAUGGUUUGAUUCCCGAAUGUUACACUGGAAGAAUUCCACCCCCAAAGACAUGUUCACAGUCUGGAUGACCCUCGAAUACCACUACUUGUAUCUUGCCAUCUACGAGCUAGCGGCAGGCGAGGGAUACCGGGACCCAGACGCUCCUGCGCGCAAAUAUUACACCCUUCCGCCCUUAGAGGGAAACAUGGAGCGACAUAAAGCGAACGCGCCCCUCAGCGUCGCACGGGUUCAAAUCGUAACGAAAUGGAUGCUCGCCGCCCAUCAAUUGCUCGACGCAUUCCUGCAAUGCGACAUCUCCACCAUGCGCAAGCUACCCAACAUGACUUACACGCGCAUAGUCCUAGGCAUCUCUUCCCUGCUACGAAUCUACCACAAAACGCAGUUCGGCCCUCUGGGAGAGGUAAUUUCUUCUCAGAUGAUUGGCAUAGACGGAUAUCUGGACCGUCUGUCGCAGGCGCUGCUGCGUGCCAGCGGAGAGCAGAAAUACCGCGUCCCGAGCAAGUGGUAUCAUGUCAUCGCUGUCAAGAAUCGUGACUGGUACGAAAAGCUUCAGGGGCGGCUCAUCGCCCCUCCCGCGGAUAGCUACCCCUAUCUGCGGAUCGGGAUUCCUCCACCAGCGCCAGGUGUUCCCUUGUUAGAUGGUCAGAGGGGUCCCGGGUCGACAGCAACUGUAUCCUCCCUUGGAGGGGUGACGGCCUCGCCAUACGCGGAUCAAUGGUACAUGGAUGAUGCUGUGGGGAGGGCUGAUUCGUCACGGCCUUUUCCGCCCGUCAGUACGCCUCUUAUGUAUAUGGCGCCGGUACAAGCCGCGACAGAGAAUGCUGAUGAGGGACCGUUUCCGCCAUCGGAGGGUUGGAGAAUGCCUGAUGAGUCUCUGCAAGGUGACGUGCCUUUUCAAUACUGAAGAGCCACGGAUUUGAAAAUAGCAGGGUGAUAUCGCAGAUGGAACAGACGCGUCUAUUGAAGGAUUUCUUUCUUUCUUUUUACUUCGUUGCAUACAUGAUUCCCUUUAUAGUCUACACACCAGUCCCCGGAUUUACUCCUCUGCAUCACUAGCAGCAUCGAUUUUUCAUUCCUACGCACAAUACUCAAAACCAUCACCACAGCCACUGUACACCUCAUAGACCCGCGGAAGAAAUUCAAAGCAAUCCCCAUAAAUAAAAUAAAACACCAACCACCCACGG